GGUCCCUGGCUGGGCUGAAAGGGCCGGACACCGAGCCCGGGAGCCGCCGCCGUCGCCGCCGCCUGCGCCUCGGGAAAGGUAUCGUGAGGGCCACGUUCACCUCCCUCACCCGUGGAUGCGCCCCAUCAUGCCCGCCACUGGCCUCCUCUUCUGGGCCUCCCUGCUGACUGGGGUCUGGCCUGCCGCCCUCUCCAAGGACUACCUCUUUGCCACCCCCAGGGUCCAGCUCUCCUUCAAAGAGUUGAAGGCUACGGGUACUGCUCACUUCUUCAAUUUCCUGCUGAACACGACGGAUUACCGGAUCCUGCUCAAGGAUGAGGACCACGACCGGAUGUAUGUGGGCAGCAAGGAUUACAUCCUGUCCUUGGACCUCCAUGACAUCAACCGAGAGCCCCUCAUCAUCCAUUGGGCAGCCUCCCCGCAGAGGAUCGAGGAGUGUGUGCUCUCAGGGAAAAACAGCAAUGGGGAAUGUGGGAACUUCAUUCGACUCAUCCAGCCCUGGAAUCGGACGCAUCUGUAUGUGUGUGGGACAGGUGCCUACAACCCCGUGUGUACCUAUGUCAAUCGAGGGCGCAAGGCACAGGCCGUGGAGCUGACACACACCCUUCAGGCCAGAGGCCGGGGCAGCAGAGCCACGGAUGCCGCCGCUGUCAGCCCAACUGUGGCCACCCAGCACCAGGAUUAUAUCUUCUACUUGGAGCCGGAGAAGCUGGAGUCAGGGAAGGGCAAGUGUCCUUACGACCCCAAGGUGGAUAGCGUCUCUGCCCUCAUCAAUGAAGAAUUGUACGCUGGCGUGUAUAUAGAUUUCAUGGGCACAGACGCGGCCAUCUUCCGCACCCUGGGCAAGCAGACGGCCAUGAGGACAGACCAGUAUAACUCUCGCUGGCUCAAUGACCCUUCCUUCGUGCACGCCCAGCUCAUCCCAGACAGCGCCGAGCGCAACGAUGACAAACUCUAUUUCUUCUUCCGAGAGAAGUCCAUGGAGGCUCCUCAGAGCCCAGCCGUCUAUGCUCGAAUCGGGCGCAUCUGCCUGAAUGACGAUGGGGGUCACUGCUGCCUGGUAAACAAGUGGAGCACCUUCCUGAAGGCACGACUCAUCUGCUCUGUCCCUGGCCCUGAUGGCAUCGAGACCCACUUUGACGAGCUGCAGGACGUGUUUGUACAGCAGACCCAGGAUGUAAAGAACCCCGUCAUCUACGCCGUCUUCACCUCCUCAGGUUCUGUGUUCAGGGGCUCUGCCGUCUGCGUGUACUCCAUGGCUGAUAUCCGCAUGGUCUUCAACGGCCCCUUUGCCCACAAGGAGGGACCCAACUACCAGUGGAUGCCUUUUACGGGCAAGAUGCCCUAUCCUCGACCAGGCACUUGCCCAGGGGGGACCUUCACACCGUCCAUGAAAUCGACCAAGGAUUACCCAGAUGAGGUCAUUAACUUCAUGCGGACUCACCCACUGAUGUUCAACGCAGUGUACCCCCUGCAGCGGCGGCCUCUGGUGGUCAGGACCAAUGCCCGCUACCGCUUUACCACCAUUGCCGUGGAUCAGGUGGAUGCGGCCGACGGGCGCUAUGAGGUGCUUUUCCUGGGCACAGAUCGAGGCACUGUGCAGAAAGUCAUCGUACUGCCCAAGGAUGACAUGGAGACGGAGGAGCUGAUGUUGGAGGAAGUUGAAGUUUUCAAGGUUCCAGCCCCCAUUAAGACAAUGACCAUCUCCUCCAAGCGGCAACAACUCUAUGUGGCCUCUGCUGUGGGGGUAACCCACCUGGGCCUGCACCGCUGCCACACCUAUGGGGCCGCCUGUGCUGACUGCUGCCUUGCCAGGGACCCCUACUGUGCUUGGGAUGGCAAAUUCUGCUCCCGCUACUCAGCCUCCUCCAAAAGACGCAGCCGCCGCCAAGAUAUCCGUCAUGGCAACCCCAUUCGGCAGUGUCGGGGUUUCAAUUCCAAUGUCAAUAAGAACACAGUGGAGUCGGUGCAGUAUGGGGUUGAGGGCAGUGCUGCCUUCCUGGAGUGUCAACCCCGAUCCCCCCAGGCCACCAUCAAGUGGCUUUUCCAAAGAGAUGCCAAUGACCGGAGAAAGGAGCUCCGAUCAGAGGACCGCAUGCUGCGGACCGAGCCUGGCCUGCUCCUUCGGGCCCUUCAGCUGAGCGACGCUGGCCUCUACACUUGUACAGCCACUGAGAACAACUUCAAGCAUGUGGUCACUCGUGUCCAGCUGCACGUCCUCAGCCGAGAAGCCGUCCAUGCUGUGCUCUUCCCGCCAGGCGCUGCCGUUGCUGCCCUGCAGCCCCCUGGGACUGACCCUGCAACGGCCAGCCUCAGGCCGCCUACACCCCCCUACCAGGAGCUGGCCCAGCUCCUGGCCCAACCCGAAAUGGGACUCAUCAACCAGUACUGUCAGGGAUACUGGCGCCAUGCGCCCCCAAACCACAAAGAGGCCCCCGGGGGGCUCAAGACCCCUGAGCUCCCAGACCAGAAAAAGCCUCGAAACCGUCGGAAUCACCAGCCGGACACAUGAAACCACCACUGCUGCUGCCCCGUCCCCUGCAACCUUGAGGGGCCAUAAACUAUCUCAUCACAUCUCUAUUUUCCCACCAUCCCCCACCCCCAGGCCAUUACCCCCUCUCCCAUUUUAAUAUAAAAAGAUAUAUAUAUAAAUAUCUAUAUAUAUUAUAUAUAUAUACAGAGAGAGACACAUACACACACACACACACACACACACACACACACACACACACACACACUCUCCAUGUCCCUUUUAUCAGUAUUUAUUGGUAAGUCCUACAUAGUCCCUUGGGAUCACAAGCCCAGGGUCAUCCCUUUCUCAGUCCCUCCUGGUGUCAGGGAGUCAGGACCUCGGACAAGGACUGGGCGCCCUGGUCUGCACAGAGCAAGCAAGAACCUGGGCCCUAUAGGACUUAAGGUGGCUGGUUCUCGACCAACAGACAUCCCCUGGAUUUGUCAGCUGUGAGAAGACCCAAAAGCUUGGGGAAGGAUUUGUCUCCAGCGGUUGCAGUAUAGCCAUGGCCGGGACCAGAGCUGCCUCUGGCCAAUAGAUGCCCACUGCACAUCCGGGCGAGGGGGCAGCAGAGGGGAAGCCCAAAUUCUGAGGAUGGAGAGUCAGGUCGGGGCACAGAUCUUAUAGGAGUCCACACAGAAUAAGCAUGCGCAGGCAGGGCAAAGCAGGUGUGUGCGUGCAGGCAGGAAGGGGCCAAACCACUUUGGGUGGAGGACAGGACAAAGACGAAGGGAUGGACUGGGUUAGGGUAUGGGGUUGGUUGCCGAUCAUUGGCCACUAUGGCAUAGGUGUUUUGGACUGGGGCUGGAACAGGGCAUCCAGGGUCUGGGCCUAAGCAGGGAUGAUGUACCCAUGGUCUGGGAGAAAACCAAAAGAGGACCUCUAAGCAGGGGAAGAGAGCAGGGGGACCGGGAAGGGCAGAGGAGGAAGCCAUGGGGACUGGACUGUGUGCAAACUGAAGGGAUGAGGGAACAGAGAGCAGGUGGUGGGAAUGAACAGAGAGAGUCUAUGCUAGCCCUCCUCCCCACCACCUCCAGCGAGCCGCAGGAUGUGUGAGUCCUGGGCAGUGCUGGGAAGGGGCCCUACUUACACUCGUGAGCCAGAGGCGAGGGCCCCAGGGAGCCCUGCAAGGGGCUGGUGGGAAGGUGCAGAGGGGGCAUUUUAGGAUAUUUAUUCUCUAUUUAUUGGGGGGAAGGAGAAAGGAAGGGCAGUCCGUGCCAGUCCCGCUCCCGAUCGCCCAACCUUCCUUGAACCCAUUCUCGACUCCUUCCAUCCUGGGGCCACCUUGGAGAAUCCAGUCACUGGUUGGGGCCAACAUUUUGUCAAUCGUGGCCUUUCCCCAUCUCCCUGCCCUACAAAAAAACUUCUCUCCUGGGAAGCCCAGCCCCAAAGGGGGUGGCGAUAUGGGGUAGCCCAAGGCGUACUGGGAUGGAAGAUCAGAACCCCUUCUCCCCUCCUGUGGGGGCCACCCUGGGGCUGUAAAUAGUUGUACAGGGAGACAAGGGGGAGGGGGGAGAUGGGAGACAAGGGGCCUGAGCCACGGGGUCAAGGAAAGUUCCUG